AUGACUAACGACAUCAAAAUAGAUUUGGCAAUCAUUCAUCGCUAUAAUAGCAUGCUUGAAUCAUGGGAGAGAAUACAAUCCAAAGUUGAUACUAACCUCAGGGCCAUGGUAAUAAUUCUCGAUAAGUUUCUCCUUUUCACAGGCGCCGACCAAGGCUCCUGUGAAUCGGACGAGACCACGGUCGACAGGAUUUUAAAUAGCCAUGCUAAAGGUUUUACUGCGCAGAAGUUUCAAGACGUGAGCUACGAUGAAGCGAUUGGCCUAUUGGCAGGGGCGAAAAGGGCCCAUAAUAUUGACGUCAAUAGCGUCUCUCCAUUAACUGCGAACCUUGAGGUGAACCUGCCUGGCGCGAUUUCUUUGUUUUUACAACGGCAAAGUGACAAGUUAUAUCAGAUGAUAUCUGAGGUACGUUCUGAGUGUGAGUCUUUUAGAGACGGGACACUUCCAAGAAUGGAAUCCAUUUGCGACGUGGCAGUAGCACACAUCAACCGCAACAGCGUCUCAAUAGAAGAGAAAUGUGACAAUACCCCCAUAUUCUGUUCUAUUUGUGACACCUUCCAAAGUAUCACCUCCGAGAUCGACGCCUUAUUAGGGUUAAUGGCUUCUGUGAAUCCGUACCCUGAAGGUCAGGAAAAUAUUCAUGCUCAUAUUGAGCAAAUAAGUUCCUUUAAAUUAUGUCGACUUAAGGAGUUUAACAAUGUUUUGUCUGACUCAACGUAG